GUCACGCAGAGGUUAGGCCGCACGCAAUUGGCCAGCGGAGUUUCCCCUCUUCUCAACUUCACGGUAGCCAUCUGGGAGUCGGGUCCGACUCUGGUGCAACUGUCGUGUGGCGCACUUGUACGAACUCGUCCGGGGUCAAAAAGCAGACUUACCGGAGGGAGUCGCCGGUGCGGUUUCACAGCUCUUCCCGGUGGAAGUUUGUCACAGGCGGUGACUGAGUCGAAAAAUUACCCGAUCUGAAACUUUUUUUCCACCUCAGGAGACACUUUGGGGAGAAAAAGAAAAAUGGCAGACGGCGAAGAGCAGCAAGUCUCUUCCACCACCCCUCUGUUCAGCGAGGGGGUGCACCACUACCAGGCCGAGCCGGACCAGUCCAAACAAGACCUCUUCAGCGUGGAUGACAUCGUGGACUUGGUCGGCGGGGCUCAGGACGCACUGGAGCGGCACAUUGCUGAAGAUAGUGCGCCACACGAGGUCACAGAAACUUCCUUCGCUCCCCGAGAGGAGCCGGUAACGUUAACUGAGCCAGAACCGGUGUCAGUGCCAGAGCUAAAAGAACCGGAACCUGAGAUGGAGAAGGCGAUCCCGGACUCCACCAGCUUUUCCUUUGUUCCCGAGACCCCUCUAAAUGCAGAGGAGCCACAAGUCGUCGCCCCUAAAGCCGAACCAGAGAGUAUUAAGAUCGUACCGGACCCACAGGCUGCCCCCGAGCCAGAACCUGCCCCGGAGAGCGACGCCCUCCCAGCGGCGGAUCCCCGGAAAGCAGCCCCAGCCCCCGCAGAGGCAGCAGAGCGACCUGCGGUGACGGAGGAACCACCGGCUCCUGCAUCUUGUUGUCUUCAUCGCUGGAAGCUAAACCUCCACAGCAGAGAUGUACCUUCUCCUUCUAAAGCUCAGCCUCAUCCUCUGAUGCAAUUCCCUACAGCACUUGGGCAGAAGGGUGAUUCCCCUGCUCCCAUCUCUCCUCUCUCCCCUCUUCACUCCCCCGACUCUCUGGAGGAGCUUUCUCUGACUGAGAGUCCCAACCAGCCCCCUGCUUCGGGAUCAGCUGCACCCUUUGGCUCCUUCUCCACUGAAUCCCUCACUACUCAUUCCAAGGACAUGCCUUGGGAGGGUGAAGAGGGUGACUCUGGACCAGGCCGUAGUAAGAAUGAGGAAGACCUUCUAGAUCCGUUAGCUGGUCCUUACCUGAGUUUAGGGAAAGACCCAGGGCCUCAUAAUCCAUGUGAAGACAGCGGAGUUUCCUUUUCACCUGAGGAAAAGCUGAUUAGCUCAGACAGGUCCUCCACUGGCCCCUCCCCUGUGAGCCCCCAGAUGAUGGUCCCUGAGUCUCACCUUGCAUCCUCUAACCCAACAGAGCGCUGGGAUUCACCAUUCGUAGCAUCUCAAGACAGCUCCAAGGUCUCCAUGGAUAGCUUCUCCAAGGACACGGCCCCCAUGAGCUCUUCCAAGUAUGAGCCAGACCUGCACGGAAACCAGUCUGAUGAAGAUGAUGACUUGAUGUACGAGGUGAAGAAGAAUAAUAACCCAUUUGAAGGCUAUUCCCCACUGGCAGAUAGUGGCUACUCCCAUUUUGGAGACUCCAAGUCUGACAGCAGAGCUUCUAAAAUGUCAGAGAGUCCCACUCCGGAUCUGGUCCAGUAUGGGCAGACUGGAGAAUCCCAGGAUAGCCCACCAUCUUUCUUUGACGAGGGGAAAACAUUUGAAGUGGGCAAGAAGGCCACUGAGGCGCUCAUGCAGUCAGUGAAUCAGUUCUCCUCUGGUCAUAAAGACGAUGAAGGGGAAGAGGAGGAUUCUGCUCUGCCACCGUCGCUUCCAGACAUCCUGAAGUCUUCCCCACUUAACCCUGAAAAAAUCGACUCCGGCUCCUCAGAGGGAAGCCCGGAGGAGCAGAGUCCCAUCCUAGAAAGGAGGAUGAUGGAGUCGCCCAACCCUCCAAUCAAUCUGUCAGCUAACAACCCAUUUGCUUUUGAUGCUAAAGUGUCCCUGCUGAAGGAGAUGGCUGAGGAGAUGGAGGUGAGAGCUGCAGACAAAACAAAAGUCGAAGAUGACAAAAGCUUUGGAGCAUUUGAUCUUGUCAAAGAGGCCGAGGAAACUACCCCAGCUAAAGUCAAAGAAGAGGAACCUGUCAAGAUCGAGCAGAAAGAUUGGUUCUCAAGUCACGAUUCUGCCAAAAUUACCGAAAAGUUUGAGCCACUUGACUUCGAGAGCAAAAAGACCCCAGCUGAGGAUUCAGAUUCAGAGUCACCGUCGGCAGACUCUCUGUCUCCAGUCCUGGAAGCCAUGGCCAAAAACCCCGCAAGCUUCCAGGUGGAAACAGAGAAGAAGGACCUGAAGAUGGAGGAGGAGGAGGAGGAGGAGGAGCCAGAGGUGGCUGAGGAGGUCUCUGAGCAUGAAGUGUCCUCUGAGGAGUUUGAGUUCAUUGAGCGACCACCUAGGGGCGUUAUCGAUGAAUUUCUCGAGGCACUGGAUACUUCCAAGUUUGCCGCCUCCAAGGCACCAGAGAUCCCCAUGGAUGACGAUCUGAGCUUUGGUCAGAAAGAUUUGGCUCCAGUUUCUGUUCCACUGCCAACAAAAGUAGCCCCACCCCCAGAGGUCGAAGAAGAGGCUCCAAGUCAGAGCUCCUACUGCCUCCUCACCCAAGUGUCCCCCCAGAAGAGCAAGGCUGAGCUGGAGAAGCUUGACAUCCAGCAGCCCCCAUCCCCAGCUCCGCUCACCCAUUCCCCUGUUCGCAAACCAGAGGAACCGGUUGCUAAGAAGAGCGUGGAGGGCGGAAAACUGUUUAAGAUGCCAAACCUGAACAUAAGAGCAGUGGUGGAUCUCCUCUACUGGCGUGAUGUGAAGACCACAGGCGUGGUGUUCGGCGCCGCCCUGCUGCUGCUCCUCUCCCUGACGGUGUGCAGCAUCGUGAGCGUCUGCUCCUACGUCGGCCUGGCUCUGCUCUCAGUCACCAUCUGCUUCAGGAUAUACAAAGGCAUCCUGCAGGCCAUCCAGAAGUCAGAUGAGGGACACCCAUUCAAGCAGUACCUGGACCAGGAGGUGGCACUGUCUGAGGACAUGGUCCACAAGUACAGCGACAUCGUUCUGGCCAGACUCAACAAGACCAUUGGUGAACUGAGGCGCCUGUUCCUGGUCGAGGACCUGGUCGACUCCAUCAAGUUUGCCGUGUUGAUGUGGAUCCUGACCUACGUCGGUGCCUUGUUCAACGGCCUCACUCUUCUCAUCCUGGGUCUGAUUGGAGUGUUCAGCUGCCCGAUCGUCUAUGAGAAACACCAGGCCCAGAUCGACCAUUACCUGUCUCUGGUCAACAACCAGAUCAAAGACGUCGUUGGAAAGAUCCAGGCGAAGGUGCCCGGGAUGAAGCGCAAAACGGAGUGAAGCUAGCGACAAGUCGCAGUUUGGAUUCAGGAAGUCCUGAGAGGAGGAUGGUCGGAGGGAAGGUGGGGGUGUUCGGGUCAGGGAGGGGGAGGGUGGGACGGAUAUGAAGGAAGGCAGGAGGAGGAGAGGGAGGGGUCUGGUGGGGACGCAGCCCUUCUAACUUUAUUUGUCAAAACAGUUCAGAAUUCCUUUUGUUUUUAUUUUUUUAUUUUGUGCGUGUUUUCUGGAAACGUUGAAGCAGGUUCACGAUGCCGAGGACGGAUCAAUGACAUUUACAUCUCGCCUCCUUUUUUUAGUUUUAAAUCCAGUUUUGAAAUGUUGGUUUCUGUGAGAUGUUAAAACUCCCAGAAACCCAGUUUAAUCUCGAACGAACCCUCUCUCUUUCCACCCAGGGCAUUGUGGGAGGUCAGACGCUCCUUCGGCCAGGCUCGGACAGUUUCUCGUGAUUUAAAUUUUCUUUUUCUUUCCCUGUCCGAGGUCGAAUCGAGCGGAGAAAUAAUUUUCUUUGUCCAAGUUGGUGUCGAAAGACGAGAGCGAACAGAAGACAGCACCUCAUGUGUAUUUUUCCUUUUCUUUUCCUUUUUUUUUCUUUUCCCCUUGGUAUGAAUAUUCUUGCCGAGUUAGAAGUAUUUUGUGAUUUUUACCGUCGUGUCUCUCAAGCUUCGAGCUCGUGUCCUCGGUGACCUGCUGUGGUUUAGCCUCGAUGUGACGAACGACGAAUUUGUGAAUGACGUCUUUGACUCCCGAUGAGGCAGCGAAGGGGUG